AUGUCCCGCCUCUUCCCUCACACCCCCUACGCCGAAGACCAGCCGCUCUCGCACCUCAUCCUCACCACCCACGUCCUCACCCGCGGCAUCACCACCGGCUCCAUCAUCGGCCUCACCCUCACCUCCCUCCGGCAAUCCAUCCCUUCCCUCCGCCGCCGCCCUUCCCCCCCUUUCCCCGAACAGCUGCUCCUCUCCGUCACCCGCAGCACAGUCAUCACCACCGCCAUCGUCAGCGUCGGCCUCGCGGCGCGCAUGUGGGGGCGCCAACCCAUCGAGUGGCAGGACCGCAGCUGGAGACUGCUCGAGAACAGGGGCCAGCUCGAGCUCGACGACUGGACGUACUCGGGCAUGGGCGCGGCGCUGCUGGCCACGGGGCUGAUGAGGCUCAGGGGCGGCGGAGGGCCGGCGAGGCUGGGAUGGAGAGGCGUGGCGGGCGCGGCGGGCAUGGGCAGCGUCGGGGGCAUGAUUGGGUACAUGGCGUGGCGGUAUGGCGUCAACGGGG